GCGGAAAAAACACAAAGAAAACAACAACAGGGACUAGCAUUCUUCACGCAGCUGAAAAACGAAGGAAGAGAACCAUAUAGCAAAACCAAAUAUCCAUUAACCCGUAUACCACGAUAAAUCUCACACGCCAGGAUUUCUCCAAUCAAGAAACAAAUAGCAAAAAUAAUAGCCCGCAUCUUGAAAUGCUUGAUUAUGCUUCAAAACCUCGAUAUUUUUAUGUUUAGCUUAAUCGAUUGAUCCUCAAAAGCAAAACCCACAAUUUUUUUUUACUGUUUUUUUUUUAGUUUAUUUUGGACGAGAUGGAGCUUAGAAGACCGGGUUUUACUGUCUGUUUAGGGUUUUUGUUGAUGUAUUUGAUGGUAACUGGUUCGGUGGCGAGAUUUGUGGUGGAGAAGAACAGUUUGAGGGUGACAUCGCCGGAUAAAAUUAAGGGGACGUAUGAUAGUGCAAUUGGAAAUUUUGGGAUACCGCAAUAUGGGGGUAGUAUGGCAGGGGCUGUGACGUACCCAAAGGAUAAUAGAAAGGGAUGCAAGGAUUUUAAUGAUUUUGGGCUUUCCUUCAAGUCUCAGCCUGGAGCUUUACCGACUUUCGUUUUGCUCGAUCGUGGAGAUUGCUUCUUUGCUUUGAAGGUCUGGAAUGCCCAGAAGGCUGGAGCUUCUGCAGUACUUGUUGCAGAUGACAUUGAGGAACCAUUAAUAACUAUGGACUCCCCCGAAGAGGAUGGUUCAGCUACAAAAUAUAUUGAGAACAUAACAGUACCAUCUGCACUUAUCGAGAAAAGCUUUGGUGAAAUGUUAAAGAAAGCAACAAGCUCUGGGGACAUGGUAAACGUGAAUCUUGAUUGGAGAGAAGCUGUUCCCCACCCUGAUGAUCGUGUGGAGUAUGAGCUAUGGACCAACAGCAAUGAUGAAUGUGGUGUUAAAUGUGAUAUGCUUAUGGAAUUUGUGAAAGAUUUUAGGGGCCCAGCACAGAUACUUGAGAAAGGUGGUUACACCCAGUUCACACCCCAUUAUAUAACCUGGUACUGUCCUCAGGCAUUCACCUUGAGCAGGCAGUGCAAGUCACAGUGCAUAAAUCAUGGAAGAUAUUGUGCUCCUGAUCCUGAGCAGGAUUUCAGCACAGGUUAUGAUGGGAAAGAUGUUGUUAUUGAAAAUCUAAGGCAACUCUGUGUUUUUAGAGUGGCAAAUGAGAGCAAAAGACCUUGGGUGUGGUGGGAUUAUGCAACUGAUUUCCAAAUCAGAUGUCCCAUGAAGGAGAAGAAAUACAAUAAAGAAUGUGCUGAUAGUGUGAUCAGAACCCUUGGGCUUGAUAUUAAAAAGAUUGAGAAUUGUAUGGGAGACCCAUAUGCUGAUUCUGAUAACCCUGUUUUGAAAGAAGAGCAAGAUGCCCAGGUUGGAAAAGGAUCAAGAGGUGAUGUAACCAUACUGCCUACACUUGUUGUCAACAAUCGGCAAUAUCGAGGAAAGUUGGAGAAAGGUGCUGUUCUGAGAGCCAUAUGUGCUGGUUUUGAGGAAACAACUGAGCCAGGUGUUUGUUUGAGUGGCGAUGUUGAGACUAAUGAAUGCUUGGACAAUAAUGGGGGUUGCUGGGAAGACAAAAUAGCAAAUAUCACUGCUUGCAAGGAUACAUUUCGUGGGAGGAUUUGUGAGUGUCCCAUGGUUGAUGGUAUUCAGUUCAAAGGAGAUGGUUACAGCCACUGUGAAGUUAGCGGAGCUGGAAGGUGCAAGCUAAACAACGGAGGCUGUUGGCAUGAAUCCCGAAAUGGGCAUACCUUCUCUGCUUGUUCAGAUGUUGAGGGUACUAAAUGCCAAUGUCCCACUGGGUUUAAAGGUGAUGGUACGACAAAAUGUGAAGAUAUUGAUGAAUGCAAAGAUAGGACAGCCUGUCAGUGCCCUGAGUGUAACUGCAAAAAUACAUGGGGUAGCUAUGAUUGCACUUGUAGUGGAGAUCUUCUGUAUAUCAGAGACCAUGAUACCUGCAUAAGUAAGAGAGGCACCGAAGUGAGGUCAGCAUGGGCUGCUUUUUGGGUCAUUUUGAUAGGCUUGGGAAUGGCUGCUGGUGGGGGAUAUCUUAUCUACAAAUAUAGACUGAGGUCGUACAUGGAUUCAGAAAUCAGAGCUAUCAUGGCACAGUACAUGCCGCUGGAUAGUCAAGCAGAAGUUCCAAAUCAUGUGAACGAUGAACGUGCAUGAAGAAGACAAAUUCCACUAUUUAUCUUUCAGGGAUUUGGAGUAAUGCAGGGAUGAUUUAUCAAGUUGAGGAUUUUGAGCCUGGAUUUUUAUAACUGUAUGUAAAUGAACAAUAAAGAAGUGUAGCAUAGAACUUGUCCUAUCUACUGAAGUCAUAACAUGCUUAACAAUUGAAGUAGAGAUUGGAUUUGUGGCAGAUUGUAAGGGAUUUGGCUGUAACGUCUUAUAAUUUUCGUUCCCAUCCCUAAAAUCUUGCUGCUUAAUUUAUAUGGUGAUUCUGUAAUUCAUUAGUGCCUUUUAGACUGCUUGACCCCUUUUUUGGCUUUGAUAACUAUACCUUAUUUCAGUUUAAGGAGUAAA